UCGGCGCCGUGACCGGGGCCAUACUAACGGCUUGGUUACUCCAAGUCUUGAACGGGGAACGGCUUGACGGCCUCGUUGUCGCCGCUUAUGACACAAAUGGCGGCCCCAGAAGUAGUCGCGGUGCCUCCGCAAUUGUUCCAGGGCGUGGCCAAGAGCUCCGCUGGCUACAAGCUACUGGAGUCGAUGGGAUGGAAGGAAGGCGAAGGAUUGGGCGCUAAAAAGCAAGGCAUUAAGGAGCAUGUCAAGGUCAAGAAGAAGCACGACGCCAUGGGCGUGGGCGCGGCAGAGAACGCGCAGAAUACUCGCGACUGGACUACGGGAAUGGUCAGCUUUGACCGCAUCUUGGCCAACCUGAAAGAGGUCUCGGCGCGCCCCGCGGCUGCCGACGACAGCAGCAGCUCCGACGACGAGGCGGCGGCCAAGGCCCCUAAGAAGGCCGCAAAGAAGGCCGACACCAAGAAGGCCAAGAAGUCGGGCAAGGACAAGCGCAAGCGCAGCGCCUCCCCAUCCUCCUCCGGCUCCUCCUCCUCUGGCAGCGACAGCGAGGAUGAGGCGGCGCGCGCCAAGCGCAUCAAGCUUGCGUCGCACGUCGGCCGCUAUCACAAGCGCGAGCGCGCCAAGCUCGUUAAGAACUACAGCGCGGGCGACCUGGACGCCAUCUUGGGCGGGAUGAAAGCUGCCAAGGAGGAGGUUGCGGCGGAAGAGGCGGCGGACGCCGAGGGCCUGGACCCCACCGGCGCCGGCGCCAUGGGCUUCAUCAUGCCUGUGAUCGCGGAGGUGCGCGCCGCACCGCGGCAGCAGGAGGACAGCAGCAGCGACGAGGAGGAUGAAGAGCAGGAGCAGAAGGCGGGCGGCAGCGGCAGGGCGGCGGCGGCCAAGGAUGCGGCGGCGGGGCCAAGCGCCUCCAAACCGGCAAAGCAGCCGAAAGCGCCGGAGCCGCAGCCGGAGGAACAGUGGGAGCCUGGGAAGAAGCCGUGGUGGGCGGGCAUGUUUGUGCGGGCUGGCCGCAUGGGCAGCAUUCGGCAGGAGCUCAAGGGCAAGGUGGAGGGCGGGCGCGCCAAGAUCCAGAUCACGGGUUUCCGUGAGCAGGACCAGGAGAACCUGUACGAGCAGGCCCAGCACGGCGCAGCACACGGGCGACAGGGCCUGGGCCGCAGCGACAUGCCUAAGAAGGUGGCGGGCGCGCGCUGGUGCGGCACCAAGACCAAGAUCAGCGAGGGCGACGGCGACGACGAGGAGGAGGAGGAGGAGGCAGGCAAGGGCAGCGGCUCAGGCAGCGGGUCGGAGGACUCGGAGAGCGAGGACGAGGGGCGCAUUGUGGUGAAGCUCUCCAAGAAGGAGCAGGCGGAGGCUGACGCCAAGGCGGCGGGUGCAGCAGGGGAAGCAGGCGGCUCGGGGAGAAAGGCUGCGGCGGAGGGCGCGGCAGCAGCGGGCGGGGGGAAGGACGGCAAGCGGAAACGCAAGGAGGAGGAGGAGGAAUGCAUGAGGCGUUCGAGUACUACCACUGGACGGUGGGGCCUGGGGGGCCGGCUGGCACCUGGCAGGGGCUCCGGCGGUGGCUUGGGCUUCUACCAGGCCGGGCCCCCGGGCGAUGACACGCUGGUGAUCGGGCCGUACCAGGGCCACAUGGGCUGCCUGCGCAUCCCGUACAGCAGGGGCGUGUGCGGCGCAGCGGCGCGCACCAAGACCUCUCAGCUGGUGCCGGACGUGUCCCAGUUCCCCGGCUACAUCGCCUGCGCCUCCAGCACAAGGUCCGAGGUGGUGGUCCCGGUGGUGCGGUCCCACAUCUCCUUCAAUGACGGGCGGACGCCCUCGAUACCAGAGAAGCUGGUGGCGGUGCUGGACGUCGACUCGGACCACCCCGCGGCCUUCACAGAGGUGGACCAGGAGUGCCUAGAGGAGUUGUGUGAGUGGCUGGGAGAUCAUCUGCAGUUGUGGCACAAACUGCCAAAGUGGGAGCCUUCCCACCUUUACUAGUGCUGUGGGCA